UUGUUUUUUUGUUUUGUUGCAUUUAUAAUAACUAAAAAGGAUGUAAAAGGAGAAAUAAAUUAAUCUUUAGUUUAUUUAAAUCACAAAAGCUUUCAAAUUUUAUGUCUCAAUAACUUCGACAAUAAAGAAAUUAUGAUAAUAAUGAACACUAGAACCUAAUGACAAUAAUAGUUUAUUAGUAUAAAAUUAAAAGAAAUUUUUUAACUAUGUAAUAAAAAAUAAAUGAGAAUUUAUGUAUAAGAAAAUAAAAUAAAUUAAUUGAAAAUAAUUAUAAGACCUAAGUAGUUUAAAAUAUACAUUGGAGCUUGUAUGCCCAGUAACCUAUAAUAAGUUCAUGCUAUUGCAAGUUAAAAUAAUUUAUAUAAUUUAAUUUUUUAAAAUUAAUAACAAAAAAUUGUAAGAAUAUGUAAGAAAUUUAAAAAUCAUUUUAUAAAUUGGCUUUUAUUAUAAUUAACACAAUUUUUUGGAUAUAAAGUAAACACGGAAUAAAAACUUUUAAUGACGAUUUUAGGAAAAAUGUCCACUUCUAUCAACCCAAAGAAAAACAUUGAUCCGUUAGAUCAAUUAUCACACAACUCUUUUGAGGAGUUUGUUCAAAAUCGGACAAGAGCUAACCGUGCUGGAAGUUUGGCAUUACCAAAUAGUUCUUUAUUGGAUUUCUACGAUAAGCAACAAAAAGAGUGUUGUUCAGCAACUCUUUUGCCAACACCGAACCCAAACAUUAUUAGAAGGCAUUCAGCUCAUUGUUAUCCCACAUUAGACGAAAGAAAUUAUAAAUACCAUCAAAAACAAGAGCAAAAUAAGCAACAAUCACUUUCAAAUCACAUUCAAAAUCAAAAUGCAAAAUUACAAGAAGGAACUCAAUCAAAAAUAAUAAAUUUUCAAACACCAAAACUACGACAACCAGAAAUGUAUCACGAAUCAAAACAGAUGCAGCAAACUCAGUCACAAUAUCAACCGAAUAUUUUUUCUGGAAAAGAAAAACCGCCUAAUUAUCAGCAAAGUCAACAAUAUCACCAUCAAAAUCAUUUGAAAAUUCAAAGAGAACAAACAACACCUUCAUCAUCAACAAUAUCAGAAGGUACUCAAUUGAAAUCGAAUAAUUCAAUUUCGAUGGAGCCGAAGAAAACCCCACCAACACUUAUGAAUAACAAUCAACAAUCAAAAACACAAGUUGCUGUAAAUAUAGUACAAUCAAUAGCAGCAAAAGCAGUUGCUGCUGUGAGUUCUAUUCCACCUCCUCCCAUCCCAAAGAGAACAUUUAAUCGUGGAAAAUUUUUAAAUCUAUUCGAUUUAGGUGGUGAAAAUCAAAGUCAAAGCUAUCAACAUUCAAUUAAUCAUCGCGGUAAAACAAGAGAAAUGGAUUAUCCCUAUAAUUCAAUUGAUGAAACAUCAGAUCAUAGACAUCAUUAUUACAUUGGAAACCAUUCCAAUAAAUUGUCAUUUAAUCCCAAAAAUAUAUUACCUAAUGGAAAUUCAGAACAAAAUUGUAACACAACAAAAUAUAAUUCCGUAGUUACCCUCAAAACAAAUAAUGGACUUGGACAUAAUAAUAUAAAUGAUAGAAAACAACAACAAGUGGAACAACCACAGAAACAAAAUCAACCACAGCAAUCAAUAAUAAAUAAUUACAUGAAUUCAGGUGCAGAAACGUCUAUUGUAACAAAACCAUUAACAAAGUUUUUUAAUACUCAACAACAGCAACAACAAAAACAGCAACAAAACGUUUUAAAAAAUAAUAAUUCUUCAUCAUCUAUGUCAUCAGCAAUAAAAUCAAAUUCAACAAAUAAAAUAAUUGUUAAUCAUCAUGACAAUAGUAUUGAUUGCCUUGGUCAUUAUAAUGUGUCACAAAAAAAUCAAGAACCUAAACAACUAUAUAAUGAACAGCAACAAUCCACAAAAAAAGAUAUUAAUUUAGUGAAUAGCAUUAACUUAAUAAAGAGGCAGUACCAGUUACACCAAAAUAAAAAUUACAACAAUAAAAUGCAAAAUUUUAAUAGUAUUCAAAAUAAUGUAGUUGAUGUUGAUGAUGAUAACGACAAUUGCGCUGACGAUGAAGAUGAAAAGAGUAACCAAGCAGAAUUGUUUGAUGAUAAUGAUGAAACCGGCAUUGAUGACGAUGGUAAUGUUGAUAUGGAUGAUUAUGAUGAUCAUAUGAGUUUAGAUAAUAAUUCCGUUUUUGAUGAACCAUCAAUAAAUACGGCACCAUCACCACGUUCAAUACUAUCAUCAAUUUCUCCAAAACAAUCAUCUAGUCGUAAUAAUCACAGCAGUAGUAAUGGCAGCAGUAAUAAUUUAUUAGAAGUCACUAAUGAUUUGUAUACAUCUCAAUCAUCUAUGUCAUCCGGAAAUAACGCAACAACAAACGGCCGUAACUGUAAUGAAAUGAUUCAAAAUGAUAUGAUAUUAAUGAAUAGUUUAGAUAUAACCACAACUGCAGCAACCCCAUCACCGUCUCCUACAACAAUGAGUAAAAAUAUUAUGAACAAUUCAAGAUAUUCCAAUCGUUCAUCAAGUGAUUCAAAUAAAUCUCAAUUGACUAUUGAUACCGGUUAUAUAUCAUCAAAUAACGGCAGUGAAAAAAAUUUGGCUUCUGUUGAUUCAGGUGCAGUUAGAACUUCGCCAAAUGCAAAUGGUGGGAACAAUGGAGAUUUCCGGAGUCGAUUUUCAUCUGUUGAUACACAAUCUUCAUUAGAUAGUUGUCUAACAGAAAAAACUAUUGAUUCACCACUUUCAAAAGAAUCUUUUCGCAUUGAACAAUCUGCAUCUACAUCUCCAACUCAUUUGACUAAUACAAACUAUAAUUUUAAUAAAAAUCAAAAUCGCAAUCUACCAAUUGUACCCAUGCGUGGAAAUGGAUCUAAGCAACAAAAUUCAAAUCAGCAACCCCCUAAAAUUUCACCGCCAAUUUCAAAUAAUGAAAAUGUCAAUAAAGAUGCCCAUAACAAGAGUAAAUUACGCCCCACUCCACCUACGCCACCAACACGACAGCAACCAUCAAACGAUAUUGGAAAUUACCAAAAUGUACCAAAUUUGAUAGGUAGUGGUCGUAAACUUCCAUCAAUCUCAAAUAUCGGUUCAAGUAGUACAAAUUCGUCAACUGAAACAAAUAAUAAUUUAUCAUUUCGCAAAAAAUUAACAAAAACUAGACCACCCCCCAUUGCAUAUCCAAAAAUUCAUCAGCGACAAGACUCAAGCAUAUCAAGUGAUAGUUUCUCCAUGACUUCAAGUCCCGGCUAUAAUUCUAAAAGUAUGGAAACUCCUUUAAUUCAAAACGCAUCGAAAAUCAAGAAAAGUGAUAUUCGGCAUAAUAAUGGUAAAGAGGAAAUCGAUAGCACUUUUGUUAUUCCAGAAAGACAUAAAACAGCAACGUCAGGUUCUUCAUUAUCUUCAUCAUCAUCCAUGUCUGGUGGAACAUUGUCAACAAAACUUAAUAAUAAUAAAUCUACAUCAAAUAUAUCAUCACCACCACCAGCGAAUCGCAUUACAACCAGACAAGAUUCAACAAUAUCGAGUGAUAGUUUUAGUCAAACCUCUAGUCCAGGAUAUAACUCGAAAAUUAUGGAGGCUCCUUUGAUUCCAACAAUGAAAAAAUUACUAAAAAAUAAACAAACAUUCAAAAUUCCGAACGACACAAUUCAAGAACAACAAGAUCAAAUGUCAGUACCUAAUUCACCAAUAACAAAAAGUACAUCAACACCAGCAAGUCUUCAGACAGUUGUUAAAUUUCAAAAUGGUACUUCAAAUAUGUCGCUUCAGCAUAAGAUUAUUAGCCGCCGAAAAAGCUCAGCAUUACCAUAUCCAAAUCAGAGUAAUCGGACAAAGUUUCGUCUAUUACAACUUUUUGUCAAUGCCUUAGCUCUCCUUGCAAUAGCUGGCGGUCUUGUGGCAUACUUUAACGCAUAUCCAACAAUAAAAUUUGUCAACAAAACCAUUAUAUAUUCGCCUGCAAUUCCAAAGGAUGUUGAUAUGGUAUCAGUUUUAGGAAAGAACCCAGCACCUGGCAUAUGUUUACCAAUAAUAGUUAAAUUUUGUCAAACAACUCAUAUACCGUACAAUUACACCGUAUUUCCAAAUUACAUUGGACACUUUGGCCAACUUGAAACCCAAGUUGAUUUGGAGGCAUAUGAUGCUUUAGUGGAUGUUCGGUGUUACGAAUUGGUGUCGUUAUUCUUAUGUACACUAUUUGUACCAAAAUGCGGGUCUACUGGCACAACGGUACCUCCUUGUAAAUCUUUAUGCAUGGAAACAAUGAGACGUUGUGGAUUCUUUUUUGAUGUUUUUGGAUUACAGUUGCCAGAUUAUCUAAACUGCAAUUUAUUUACUGAUAGCAAAAAUCCAGAAGAAUGUGUUGGCUAUAGCCAAGUAAGAAAAGUAUAUGAAGAUGCUGUAAAUCCUGUGUGUCAUGGAUUUUUAUGCGAUCAAACACGAUGUAUACCAAAUGAUUGGCGAUGCGAUGGUCAUGUUGAUUGUAUGGACCAAACUGACGAAUUAAAUUGUGAUUUUUGUGAUGAAAAUUCAAUUUAUUGCGGUGAAAAUCGAUGUAUGAGCCAAAAACAAAUGUGUGAUGGUACAGUCGAUUGUCCCUAUGCGCAAGACGAGAGAAGUUGUAUACGUCUAAGUGAACGCAAUGGUGAUAUAGGAAGAGGAUUUUUAGAAAUUUAUAAAGUUAAUGGAACAAAAAAACAAUGGGUUCCAGCGUGCAUAUCAAAUUGGGAUUCAACCGUAUCUCCUCCUACGGUAUGUUCGAUGCUAGGAUAUGAUUCUGUAAAUGGACAUAAAAUCACAAAACCGGUUAUUGGUGCAAAUGGAACGAGAUCUGCAUCUCCUGAAUUUUAUCGACGAUAUAAUAAAAGCCCAAAUGUUAAUUUAAUUAAAGAAUUUUCCAAAUGUCAAACUGAAGGAAAUUAUCCAAAGUUAGAACUACAGUGUAGCAAUUUCGAUUGUGGAAAAGUGAAAAAUAAGAAGCAUAGAAUUUCAAAAAGAAUUGUUGGUGGAGAGCCUUCAAAUCCUGGCGAUUGGCCUUUUCUGGCAGCAAUUUUAGGUGGCCCAGAGGAAAUAUUUUAUUGUGCCGGGGUAUUAAUUGCUGACCAGUGGGUCUUAACAGCUUCACACUGCAUUGGAAAUCAUACGUUGCGAGACAUAAAUGAUUGGACCAUUCAACUCGGUGUUACAAGACGAAACUCUCAUACUUAUUAUGGACAAAAAUUAAAAGUUAAAACUGUUAUUCCUCACCCACAGUACAAUACGGAAGUGGCGCAUGAUAAUGAUAUUGCUCUUUUUCAGCUUUCAAAACGGGUAGCCUUUCAUGAGCAUUUACUGCCAGUAUGUUUACCUCCGACUCAUUUACAAGAAUUAAAAGCUGGAACAGUUUGUACAGUUAUUGGUUGGGGAAAACGUGAAGAUAAAAAUGUAAGCAAAAAUCAAAGCGCCAUUACAGCUUCAUAUGAACUGUCUGUAAAUGAAGUUAAAGUUCCUGUGGUAAAACGAGAGAAAUGUGAUGAAUGGCUUGAAUCAUUAAACGUAACUGAUGGUAUGAUUUGCGCUGGUUACGAAGAGGGUGGAAAAGAUGCUUGUCAGGGAGAUUCUGGCGGUCCACUAUUAUGUCCGUAUCCUGGAGAACGUGAUAAAUGGUUUGUUGGAGGUAUUGUUUCAUGGGGCAUAAUGUGUGCACAUCCUAAAUUACCUGGAGUUUAUGCAAAUGUUCCAAAAUAUAUACCAUGGAUUAGAAGUGAAAUAGCUAAAUAUACAAAAAGAUCUUCAAGUGAUACAUUUAAUUAUAACCAUAAUGGAAAUAAAUAUCCACAUAGGAGGCAGCAACAACAAAAUGACAAUAAAUACAGGCAAAAUAAUAAUAAUAAUAAUAGCAAUAACAAUAAUAAUAGUAGCAGGAAUGACAAAAAUUACAAUAACAAUAAUGGUUAUUAUAACAAUAGUAAUAAUAAAAAUUUUAUGAAUAAUAAAAAUAAUAGUAAUAAUUUCAAUAAUAAUAAUAAUAAGAAUACCAACAGUUACAAUAAUAAUGAUAAUAAGUAUUAUAAUAAUAGAAAUAUCUCUAAUCAUAACGAUAAUAAUAUAAAUGAUAAUAAUAAUAAUUACAAAAAUAUUAAUAGUGGAAAUAGAAAGAAUAAUAAUAAUAACAUUAAUAUAAAUUAUUAUUCUUCUAACAGUACAAUUUACAACAAUGACAAUAAUAAUAACAAUAAUAAUAAUGCUAGAAGAAGUAAUAAUGAUAUGGAAUCUGAGUAUAACUAG